AUGACGUCGCUUUCGUUCCAGUUUUUGGGAGGCGACCCUGCCGUGCUGAUUACGGAAGAUGGUGAACAAGAUGAGAUUCUCGGAAUCUACAAAGUUCUUCGCUUCUUGGCUUUUGCCACACUGAUCAUACCGCGGCUGUUUGUCACCAUUUGUCUCUGCCUUGUUGGCUGCCAAUACCUGGCACAGACGGCUUCGUUGCACGACAUCGUGCUCAAUGCCGUGGCGCUGGCUUUUGUCUUGGAUGUCGACGAGUUGCUUGCACAGGUACUCUUCACAGAAAGGAUACGCAUGACGCUGCCCAGGAUCAAGCCCCUGGAAUGCGGCGACAACAAGCUCAUUCUGGGCUUUCCAGUUAAAGAUCUGCUUCGCUACAUCCUCACCCUUGGCUUCGUACUCGCAGCGGUUAUCGGCUUCCUGAUCCCUUUCAGCGCCAACGUGCAAGCGGCCGCGCUGGCACUCUGUGGCGGGAUGCACGAUUUCAGCUUCUCCGGAGGCCAUGCCGACUCACCCCCGGUCGUCCUCCAGCCGAAGUACACCGGCAUGGACGAAUGGACGCCAUCUUGCACUGCGCCAGGGGAAGACUACGACAGCUACCUUCGCGACUACUACGGCUUUGGCGUGAAUGAGAGCGUGGCGAGCGUACACAACUCCAGCUUCAAGGAUUCCAUCGACUACACCGCCAUCAAGAGCCGCUAUGUCUUGGCCUAUGCUCUCACGGAUCCUACGUGCCCCAGUGGACAUAUCCGCGAGCCCUACAAGAGCAAGACCGCCGUCGACAAUGAGACCAGGUCUUGCAUUGCCAUUCCCCAAGCGCUGACUGAAAACCUGCCCGCAAACGUGGGCGUCGGCACGAUAUUUCCGUCUUGUCCCCGAUUCAAUGCCUCGGACAAGUGCAAAAGUCCCUCGACACCAGAUGCGUGCAUCUGGUCGUGGCGCUCCAUCAAGUGCGAACAGUACGAAGCUAAACCACCCGGACACGUCUUUGCGCGGGCUUGUGCUGCUGAAACUGUCCAGGAGGAGUGCGACAUGUGGAGGUAUCAGGUUGGG